UAAUGUAAAGUUGUUAUAGUCACAUGUCGAGUAAAGGAAGGAGAGCGGGAGCCAGGAAGGGAAGCUGUCUUUUUUACCUCUUCUCCGUUCGUGGCAGGUGACCGCAGUGUGUGUCAGCAGAGCUAAGCAGCUGCCAGUGGUGCAGGGAUGGAGCACCAGCUGUACAAAUGUGUGGAGCAGCUGGCCAGGCUGGGCACCGCAGAGCACACCACCACAGAGAGUGCCGCUGUGGUGCUGGCGGCGGUGAAGGAGUGCCUAGCGGGUGUGGAUGAGGGGGGCCGUGUGCUGGCCACCGCAACACACCUGCUGGCCAGUGUGGAUGUGUGUGUCAGGGAGGAUGUCAGGCUGCAGUGUGGGUGUGUGGCCGUCUCUCUCCUCCACCACCUGGCACAGCUCCUGGGGACCUUGGAGGGAGUGCCAGCCCUCACACCUGUCCGGGGGAGGGGUGGGGGUGACCCGGAUGCCCCUCCACCUCCCCCUCACCUCCUCAGCCUCCAGCAGACCCAAAUAGUGGCCGCUGCAGCACGCCUGGCCCUGUACACAGCAGUCCUGGCCGGCAUGGACCAGGAGGCGGCGUGCUUCGUCAAGAUGAGUCUGGCCCGAGCUAAAUUCAUCCUUGGUCCGUCACUCCUUGAGGUGCCACAGGGAAGCCGGCACUCACUCCUGGCUGGCACUGUGAGACUGCUGGUGCCCGUGGUCAAGCACGACUCUCUGGGCACCGGGAUCCGACAGACGUGCUUCCCUGAGGUGUUGAGUGCCCUGCUGUGCCUGUGCUUCUGCCCUGCCUCCACCAGUCACCACCCACAGGACACCGCCUUCUUCAGGACACAGCUGGAGGCACUCACGGCUGCCACAGACUCCAGCGUCACCCUCCGCCACCUCCUGCUGCUCAUGGGACUGGCACAGGGUGGCAACAGUAGCAACACCAGCAGCAGUAGUGGCAGAGGGUGGCUUGGACGCACCUGCAACUCACUGGUGGUGCGUCGCUACCUGAUGGUGGACGGAGGUUUGCAGGUGGUGGUGGGUGCCGGAUUGACUCUCUGUGACGGCCAGGAUGUGCGUCGCUGCCAGGCUGUUGCGGCGCUCAUUGCUCACGCCCGCACACCUGACCUCGCCUCUUUCUAUGCAUCCGUGGCCCCUCAGGUGGUGGCCAUGCUGGAUGCCGCCCCCCAGCUAGCCCCGGAGGUGGUGAGGGUGGUGGUGCUGGUGGCCGGGGAGUUGGCUGAGCGUAGCCCCUCCCUGGCCACUCAGCACCUGGGCCAGCCACUUCUGCAACCCCUCACACUCACCACUCAGCCUCACACACCACAGGAGUGCAGCGGGGCCAGCCUGACGCAGUGUGUGGCCAGACUGCACACACUCAUGAUAGACACAGCCCCUCCUACUCCUGCCCUGGCCAGGUUACUCCAGCCUGCUCUCAGUCCUCUGCUGGUCAUUGCCACCAUGUCUGUCACACACCUGCGUUUACCUGCCCGGCACCUCAUUACCAAGUACCUGAGUCACCUGGCUGGGGAAGACAUGGUUGGUACACUUGUUAGCCUGGCUGGUCUUGUCCAGAUGUCUUCCAUUCCGCCCGUCAAUCCUGAUCUGGCCCUGGUGCUUGACGAGGCUGGUGGAGUGAAGGUGGAGGCACAGUCUGGCCCUGCCAAUGCUUUGGAGGAGGAUGAGGCAACGGCCAGCUGUCUGUCGGGUAUCCUGGAGGAUCUGGGCCAACCUAGUACUGUCCUGGCAUUCUACAAGAAGCUGGUGAAGUUCCUUGACUUUAAGGAGACGCAGGAUCACGGGACGGUUCCAUCCCUGCUAACGGAGGCUGACAGGGUGGCCAGGCAGUUUGAGAGGGCGAGGCGGGUUGCUGUGUGUGUCACCCUCCUGUCCUGCCUGGCCGAGAGUGAGAAGCUAACGGGCGACCUCUUCCAGGAUCUCUCAGCUGCUGGGCCAGUGGUGGACGGCCUCCUGAGGGCCAGCUGCCAGGACUGUCUGGACGAGGGACUGAAGGACAUACAGGUUUCCCUCGCAGCAAAUGUCCUCAUCCUGGUGACCUGCUACGUGAGCGACCGCAGCCUAAGGAAGGACAUGACCUCAGGGGACUGGGCGGGACUCAAGGCGCUGCUCCCGACACUUGAGAUGACUGAGGAGUGCCUGGAGGACGAGGGGGUGUGUCUGAUGGCUUCCCAGUUACGGCAUAUGGUUGCUACACACGGAGUUUUCAAGGCUGAUGUGAAGGCUGGCUCCCAAACACAGGGCAGGGCUGGGGAGGCAAAGGGAGGAGGGAAGCUCAACUCUGCCACAAAACACAGUAAGGGGGUCAAGGAGACGCAAGGCAGGAAUGACAAGGAGAGUGAAGUGAUAGGAAGAGUAGCAGUGAAAGCUGAGAACACUGCAACAAAACACACUGGGGAAAGGAUCAGUCAGACACAAGACAGUGCUGGUGCUGGUCAGAGGAGGCAAGGGAUAGAAGUAGAAAUGAAAACUGAGGAUUACAAGGACAAUGUGGGAGAAAGUGAACCUGAGCAGGGAACACCAGAGAGAAGACAGGAAGAAGUGAAGGAGGGGGAGGUAAAGCAGUACAUGAGUGAAGAGAAAGUGAAAGAAGAACAGAGGAAGGAGGAGAUAAAGGAAGAAAUGAGUGAUGUAAUAAAAAUAAAAGAGGAAGAGGUGGAGAGACACCAAGAAACAAGCAAAACAACAAAAGCAGGAGGGAGACAAGAACCAAACACAAACACAAAACAAGACGACGACAACAAAACACAAAAGAAACAUGACGAAAAAGGAGAAAAAACGAACGACAGAGAAAGGAAAAACAAAAAAAUGGAAAACGUCACAGAGGAGGAGGAAACAGGAAACACAAACAGCAACACAAGAACCAAAGCAAAACACAAACAAGAGAAAAGUGAAAAAAGUGAGAAAGAAAACAAGAACAUUACAGAGAAGCAGAAAAAGGACACCGACACAUUUGAAACCGCCAUGGAGGACCUGAUGAGCCCCCUGCUGCCCAUACGAGGCCACGGCAUCCUCGCGCUGGCCAAGCUGGUGGAGGAGAGGGACGGCACGGCACUCCAGCACGGCACUCAGCUCCUGGCACUCUUCCAACGGCACCUUAGGGAAGAGGACUCGUAUUUGUACCUAAUGGCUGUGCGGGGCUUGGCGGCUCUCUGCGACGUGCUGCCAGAGAAAGUGGUGGGAGUGCUGACGCAGGAGUUCAGCGUGGGGCGGCGCAGCACAGAAGACAGGGCAAAGCUGGCCGAGAGUCUGAGUCGUGCUGCCCGUCGCCUCGGCCCGCUGCUGCCACACUACAGGGACCACUUCAUCAAUGCCUUCUUAUCAGGAGUGAGGGACGAGGAGUGGCUGGUGAGGGCAGCAAGCCUGUCAGCGCUGGGGGACGUCUGCAAGGAGCUGCGGUUCAGUCUGGGUCCCAUCGUGCAGGAGGUGUUCUCUGUGCUUCACUCGGCUGUUUCUCUGGACAAGUCAGGAGAGGUGCGUCGGGCAGCUGUCCUUGUGGUGACGAUGUUGCUGCAGGGCCUGGCUGGUGAUGCCAUAAAGGUGCUCAGUGAUGUUCUGCGGGACUUGUACCGAACACUGCGUCGCCUGGAGGCACACGACCCUGACCAGCUGGUGCGCAUUCACUCUCAGCUGGCUCUGCAGGAGGUAGACUCCAUCAUGCGCCGCUUCUUCCUGCCCUCCGUUGGCCUCUCCAAGCGCAUCUUUGUCCUGGACGCACCCCCACCUACCCUCUGAGGGAGUGUGUAUGUGUGUGUGUGUGUAUAAGGGAGGAGCACCGCGCUGCUUGUGCUGGGAGAGGCACCGGGGGCAGUACCAGUUGACGUCGUCGUUGGGAGGAACCUGGAUGCCCACACACACCCUUUUCUCUUAAUCUCUUGUUUUCUCUAUUAUUCUCUCUCACUAUUACAUCACCCCAAGUCAGAGAGAGAGAGAGAGAGAGAGCAGUGGUGGCAUUGGCAGCCCUGCACACACUCACCAGUGGUACCAAUCGUCGCAGGUGUCGCAGCCAAUCAUCGGGGAGCCAUCGUCCUGCUUGCCACACGUCGGGCAAAUCCACACCUCAUUCCCCUGGUCAUCCUGCCAGGGAACACGUACAAAGUGAAUACAUGUUACUUAAUAAUGAGAUAAAGCCUCAGUAUUUUGA